GAAUGUCCAUCCUGACAUAAAGGCCGAGGUGUCCACGAUCUCCUGUCAGUCAGGAGGCUGCACAGUGCAAGAUGGGUUCCUCACAGGCACCCAGGACAGGGUGUGUGGGAGGGCAAGGAAUGAUGACACUGCUGCUGAUCAGUCUCCUCCUGCCAGGAACUUUGUCUAAGAGCAUCAGGACCUUCUCCGAUCCCUGUAAAGACCCCUCUCGAAUCACCUCCCCUAAUGACCCCUGUCUAACAGGAGGUUCCAAUAGCUUCAGUAGCCAUGGUGGCUACAGCAGUUCCAGUAGUGGUUCCAGUGUUGACUCUAGUGGUUUUAGUGGUGGUUCCAGUGGUGGUUCCAGUGGUGGUUCCAGUGGUGGCUCCAGUGGUGGCUCCAGUGGUGGUUCCAGUGGUGGCUCCAGCAGUGGCUCCAGCGGUGGCUUCAGCGGUGGCUCCAGUGGUGGCUCCAGUGGAUCCAGUGUCAUUCAGGGUGGCUCUUCAGGAUAUUCAGUAUUUAAGCCAGGAACAGGAUAUUCCCAGGGCAGCUACGUCUAUGGAUCUGGCUCUAGUCAACAAGGUGCAUCUGGGUCCUCCCAGUUUGGAAACAGCAACUCUGGAAGCAGCAGUUCCCAUUCGGGAAGCAGCAGUUCCAACUCUGGAAGCAGCAGUUCCCACUCUGUGAGCACCAGUUCCCACUCUGUGAGCACCAGUUCCCACUCAGUGAGCAGCAGCUCCCUCUCUGGAAGCAGCGGUUCCCAUUCAGGGUCAGGUUCAGCUCUACCAGUCAGGGAUGGCUAUUCACAGACUGGAGGAAGCUCUUCUGUUUCCCAAACUUCCUCGGUAUCCAGUCAACGUCCUUGCAGUUCAGAUGUCCCUGAUUCUCCCUGUAGUGGGGGGCCCAUUGCCUCACACUCUGGCCCUUACAUCUCUAGCUCCCACUCUGUGUCAGGAGGUCAAAGGCCAGUGGUGGUGGUGGUGGAGCAACAUGGUUCUGGUGGCCCUGGAGUGGUUCAAGGUGGCCCCUGCAGUAAUGGUGGCGUUCCAGGCAAGCCUUGCCCCCCCAUCACCUCUGUAGACAACACCUAUGGUAGCUAUGAGGUGGUGGGCGGCUCUCCCGACAAUUACCUGGCCCCAGGCAUGACCUACAGUGGGGGAAAAAUCUAUCCUGUAGGCUACUUCACCAAAGAUAACCCUAUCAGAGGAUCUCCAGGAGCCCCAUCCUUUGCGGCUGGACCCCCCAUCUCUGAGGGAAAAUACUUCUCCAGCAAUCCCAUCAUUCCCAGUCAGAGUUCUUCUGGUUCCAGAAUCUACCAGUCAGGGCCUUCCUCUGUCAUUGUGUUCCAGCCAGUGGGUUCUGGUGGUGUUCGGCCCUGUAGAGUUGGUUCCAAAGGCUCUAAGGGACCCUGCAACCUCUCCAUUUCUGGAGUCCAAAGCAGUUCUAGCAUUUCUAGUAGUUCUGGCAUUUCCAGCAGUUCCAGUUCCUCCUACCAUCCCUGUGGCAGUGUUUCUCAGGGUCCCUGCUCCCCACCAGGCACUGGCUCUUUGAGUGGUAGCUCCAGCUCCCAGUCCAGUGGCAAAGUCAUCCUUCAACCCUGUGGCAGCAAGUCCAGCUCCUCUGGUCAACCUUGCAUUUCUGUCUCCUCUUCAACCUUGAGUGGGGGUCCUGAUGGUAAUCCUCAGCCUGAUCCCUCAGCUGGUGCCAAGCCCUGUGGCCCUGGCAGUUCUGUGAAGAUGCCCUGCCGCUCCAUCCGGGACAUUCUGACUCAAGUGAACCCUCUGGGACCCCAGCUAGUUGACCCUAAAGUUUUCCUACCCGAGGGAGAGCCACAAGACAGAACAUAAAUCAGCUUUUAUAUACAUGCCUAUGUGGACAUAUACACACACACACACCACCACCACCACCACCACCACCUCCCAGUUGGGAGAAGUCUAGGGACCCAAGCAUGGGAUGAACUCAGUUUCCUUCCUUUCUUAUCACCUUCAUCUUCCAAAAGUGUGGACCCUCAGCCCUUCUUAACAUUCCAUUCUGUAGCUUAGAUUCCCAUUCUACUGCAUUGUCUUCUCUGACAGAUACCUCCUUCCUAAAAUUUCCUCUUCCAUUUCUUUGAGAUAGUACAAUCUGUUGGCUACUCCUACCUAUUGAAAAUUUUGACUGGGAGAUCUCUCAACUGUCCCAGUAUAACUCUGAUGUCUGGAUAAGUUAUCUUCUCUUUUGGUAAAUUAGACACAGUCCAAAUUGUUAUCCAAAAACAAUGACUACUUCUCAAUGGCCUUUCCUUACCACCUAGUCAGGCAACAGGAUAUAUCACUGGGCUCUCAUACUCUUGAUUCCACUUUCAGCCUCCAUUACAGAAUUUACCACACCCUCUGUGAGUUCCCAACAUACCUCUUCAUCUCUCUACCACGUCUCCCUCCUGGCUUCUACUUUCCUCAAUGUGCUUCCUUGUGUGAGGGAGGACAUCUGGGGAAACUGGAGCAGGGUCCUUUGCUCCCCCUAAAUCCUGGACAGAUUUCUCAAUAAACUGUGUGAACUAGA